GUACGUACGCGUGUGAUAAAUAGAGGAUUACUUUAGUAUUUAAAAACAAAUUGUAAUUGUUAUUAUUACUUCAAGAACUACAUUCAUGUGGAACGCUGCAGAGGUACGCUAGAUACCUGUAGGCAUUGGAUUUGGUUCCCUAAUCAUAAACAUUUUGAUUUCUUGUAUCAUUCCAAUAAAUUUUUAAUAAUUGUUCGAAAAAGUCUCAUAAAUUAUUUCAUUAUCGUUGGUGAAUUUUACAUACCUUAAAAAUAUCCAUUAAUUUAUUCACUUUGUGAAUAUAAGCAAUAUUCAAAUAUGAAUGAUGAAAUAGCAACGUUUACUUACUCUAGAAGUAGAAAAAGUAGUAAUCGCAGUAUUUCAUCACUAAAUCAAGAUGUUCAAGCCAUAGCUUGUCCAAAGAGAACCCAAGGUGAUGGAAUGGAAAAUGUUGCUGCUGAUAGAUUAUUGGAUAUUGUGGAAAAGCCAAUUAAGACAAGAUUAGGGGAAGCAUUAAUAUACCAUCCAACAAAUUUGAAACAGAAUUCAACUCCCCCUGUAACUCCAACGGGACAAAUAGUGAAUCUUGUACCUAAGACAAUAACGCAGAUUAAAAAAGAGAAACACAUACUCCAUUCGUUGAAAACAAAAGAACCAAAGUUUAUACCUUAUGAACCAUAUAAAGCUGCUGUUAAUCCUAUAGUACCUUUUGAAAAAAAAAAAAGGAGAUCAAAAAAUAAUCUAGAUAUCAAUGUUAUGGUAUCCCAGUUAGCUCAUCUAAAGACUGAAGAAUCCAUAAAAGAUAAACAAAAAGAGCACACUAGUAUUCAUGUUGACAGUGAAGUUGAGAAUUUGAAAAAGCAAUAUGAAGCUGAAAUUCACAAGCUGAAAGAUGAAAAUUGUCAAUUAGAAAAUCAAUUGAAAUUUCAAGCCCAAGUGAAUGGUGAAUUGAAAAAUUUAUUAGUCGCAGCUGUAGGUGAAGAUUUGGAAACCAGAGUGCAUUUACUCACAGAGGAUAAAUUACAAUUAUCGCAGGCAUUAUUGAAUUCAGCCAAGCAUCUGAGUACUCAUCAAGAACAAACCGAGUGGCUAGCCGGACAGUGUGAAGUUUGGAGGAGCAAAUUUUUAGCAAGCAGUUUGAUGGUAGAAGAGCUAGCAAAGUGGAAGGCAGCUCUGUGUCAAAGAACUACAGAUUUGCAAGAAAGUAUAAAGAGGCUUUUGGAAGAGCGUAGUAAAGUUAGAGAUAUUUCCAUGAAGACUUAUAGAACUCUUAGCAUCAUCCGUGAGAAUUUCGAUCCAGUAGGAGCAUCGCGUCGUCACGAACUUCCUAGUACGAAUAUUCUUGACCUUUCAGAAGGCAGCUUUCAGUUAGCAGAACUUUUAAAAAUCAAUUUACUUAGUGGUAUGGAUAAAGUAGAUCUACGACGAGAAAUCAACGUCACAGGCCUCGAAAUGAAAACAACCGCCGAAAAAAAUGCAGAACAACUGCUAAUGAGUCCGAAUAUCAUGAUGUCCCAGGAUGCAGCUUGUAGUGCUUUAGUCGGCGCAGUUCGCAUGUUCAUGCCAAACUCUUCGGCGUCAAGUAAUGUUGGUGGUAUUGUUAACAUGGCUUGUUGCGCCCACUGUAGUGGUGAGGUCAAGCAAGUUUGACCGAGGUUCAAGAAACGUCAAGUUCAUAAAUACAUAUAGCUUUAUAGCUAGUUUCAUAAUAAAUUUUGUACAUAGACAUCCUCGAGAUACUGUUUUAAAGGCAAAAAUCUACAAUUGUACAGGAUAUACUGAAAUUUUAAUAUACAUGGAGAAUUUGUAUUAUAAAAGACAAUGUACAUUUUACAUUAAAUGUUUCA